CCCCAACUGACUCGCUCACCAACACCAUUCACUCAUUACCACCACCCCCCCUACCCCCGACUAAAUUGUUGCAGCCUCCCUCCAAGUGGCGUUGUCCCUGGAACCACCUUCUCUCACCACCCUUGAUGGCUUGAUCAUGGCCCUCUCUCGGCACGCUUGAACGAUGGGAACCGCAGCCCAGUCUAGGAUUCCUGUCUGACUGUGUUUCCUGAUCCCUUGCUAAACUCUUCUCUUCCCAACCCCGGCGUCCGAUCCUCACCAUGUUGGGCCGACUACUGAGCACCGCCGCCGCGACGUUGAACCCGACCACGUACAACACCAAGACGGCGCACCAGCUGGAGUCGGUGACGGAGGAAGAACACACCUCGGGCCUGCUGUUCCCCGAUGUGAACCUGCUGCGCUCCAACACGCACGCGUAUCCCCUGCAUUCCACGUUCAAUUCCCCCAAUGCGUCCACCGCCGGGGCCUACGACGAUCGCGGGGGCGUGGAGCUGGACCCGAUGAAGGACUUUCGUGUGAUCAUCGCGCAGAAUUCCCUGGGAGACCGCGACGCCUGUGUGCUACUGGAUACUCGUGCCACGCAGGAUCCGACCUCGCACGGACUGGGACUGGGGCUGGGACUGGAGCCGCAGGUGUACGAGAACCCGAGUGCACGGCAUGCCCGCACGGUGUCGACGCUCACCCGGGGCCCGCGACGGGGCUACCUGUCGCAGUCGUCGGCUGCGGAGCCAAGCCCGUUGGCCCUCGCCGCCGAGCGCCGCUCCCCUCCGAUGUCCUCCGGCGCUUUCAUGAGGGCCCGUGGCCGCAGCUCCACUCUGUCGCCCGCCGGCAGCGUCCACGAGCCCGGCCAGCGCCACUCCACCGACUCCAAUGACUCCGGCCUGCUGAACUGCAUCUUUGGCAGCAGUGCCUUCAGCUACCGCGGCUCGUCCACUAAGAUGCAUAUCAUCUCCGCUGAUGACGAACCCGCCAAGAACCCUCCUACCUCGCCCGCCUCUCGCAAUUCGCUCUCCCGGGCGUACACGACGGGAAGCUCGUCGGCCUUCACCAGCUCCAAUCGCGACUCCAAGCCUCCCGCCAAGGUCACCAUCCUGCUGACUCGCAUGUUCAGCGUUCAUCUACCCGAGGGAGGCGACUCUUCGCCGGAUCCCGACUUGUCCUCUUCCGUGUACCAGGAGUCGCUCCCCACCGGAUUUCCCUUCCCCGAUGUCACCAAGCGUCGUAAGAUUAAGGAGAAGAAGACCCCCAUGUACGCCGUGGCGAUCACGAUCCAGAUUCCGCUGCUCUCCCGGGGCGGGCGGCCUGUGUCACGAUUUGCGCCGGGCCCCGACUCGCCCAAACCCGGCAUGUCCUGCUCCCUGGACUCGGACUAUCGCAUGCGCGGGGGGUUUCUGGAUGACAGCCUGUCCUUGGCGUCGCCGCCGGCGAGUUUGGAUGAGCGGAUCGACCUUUUAGUGGACCACUGGGAUGUCAUCAACCGCACCCUGUCACACCUGGAGCGACUCUCCCGGAAGGAGAUUCUGUUUCUGCUGAAAAAGGUGGACUCGGCCGGGAUGCAUCCCAAACCGGCCAAACCUGCGAACAUGCAGCGAACCAACCAGACCUUUGUUCACCUUCCCGCGAAUAUCCUGGCCGUCAACUCGCGCCUGAAGGACGAAGCCAUCCGCAGCAGCCGUCGCAUCAGCACGGCGCUGCAGAUGCCGUUUGUCGUGACCGGGCAGAGCCGCUGGGGGGUGUGGCGCGACGAGGGUCGCUCGAUUAUUCGCAACAUCGGCGACAAGGAGCACAGCUUUUUCUUUCUGGUCCUCAUCACCGCGUUCCUGGGCAACCAUACCGAGUGGCUGAAUGGGCUGGGUCCGGAGUGGUACCGACGGCGGCACUAUCUGCAGCAGAAGGCGCAGCAGGACGUCGACCCCAUCAUCGCCCACCGCACGGUCAUCAUCUCGCCGGAUAAGAUGACGGCCCGUCGACUGAUCUUCUUGCUCUCGGCCUUCCUCCCGCCAAAGCAGCGCUUCGAGCCUCUGCCGUCGCCGAUCCGACCGGGCACGUCUGCAUCUACACGAGCCGUCUCGCAGAGCCCGCCGAAUGUGCCCGUCCUCCGACAGGAGUCUCUUCGGCGCGCCAUCGAGCGUCGGUCUCGCGCGCAGCGGUUGAACCUCAGUGACCGGGAACAGCACCAGCGGUCGAUCAGCGUGUCGUCGUGCGAUACGGCGCAUCGCUCGGCUGACGACGGCGAGCCCUUGAUGCCGCCUGAGUUUCCCACGGCCCGCCGCGGCUCCGACGCGCGGUCUAUCCGGGCGCUGGGCGUUCCGGUGAACGCGCCGAUGAACGCCAAAGAGAUGCGCGCGCGAAAUACCAGUGCGGCGACCACGUCGACGACCACGCCGGGCAGCACGGUGCCGGUGCCGCACUUUGCCUCGCAGCGCUCCGAGCGGGAGGUGGUGGCGGACGGGGACAGCCUCGCGUCGGAGAAUCUGCUGCGCAAUCUGCAGCGGAGCGAACACAGCAGCGGUCCGGGCAAGUGGGGGAUCUUUUCUGGUCUGUGGAGUCGACCAGGCGAGCCAGAACCGCGCAGGCGGUCUGUUUCAGCCUAUACGAACCCCCCGCGACGCCCUCCUACGCUGAGCCAGAUGGUCAAAGAGGUGGCGCUCAGUCCGACGGACGAGCACGAAGCCACGAGCGGUAACAUUUCGAUUCCCCAACCCCAGAGCCACGACCGCCAGGACUCUGCCGAUCCCACGCGCGAGACGUCCUUGAAGCUGUCUGUCCGAGGCGAUGACGGGAUCGUGGACGUGGACCUUCCACUUCCCGGGUUCGUCUCGCUAUCCUCAUCGGGGGAUUCUACGCUCGCGUCACCGAAGAAAACACGGACGUCAGUCACGAGCGUGGACGCAGUGGCAUCAACACACAGCAGCACAUCGGGCUUUCCGUCCGCGCCACGAGAGAACGACGGACCGAACAUGAAUGUAGCCGGCUGGUUGAAGACCUUCCACGACGACUUUCUCCUGCAAGCCGUCCGGCCCUACACCGGACUCGAGGCCGACAUCCGCCGCGCCAUGCAAGCGGAGCCCAUCUCCAGCCAAGCGGUGUGUCUGGACGCCGACGGCUCGGGACGAUGGGUCGACGUCGCGACAACGCUUGUCGCAGACGCCCGCACCUUCACCGUCAAGCGGCUGCGGCUGCGGCGCAAAAUCGGGAACGCGUCCUGGCGAAAACGCUCACCAUCUGUCUCCCCCCAGCCCGACACGCCCCGACACGCCCCGACAUCGACGUCCCAGAUCACCAGCUUCUUCUCGCAGGCGACGGGCGCGACAGCCGCCACGGCGGCCACCACGUCCAGCAGAUCCUCUGACUCGGAGUACACCCCCAACGAGGUCGAGGAGCGGCUCGUCGAGGAACACGUCAUGGAUCUUGACAGCACGCUCGUCGAUGCGCUGGAGCGCGUGCUGGCGCAGAGCGGGCCGUCAUCGAUGGCGCAUUCGAGGGCCCCGUCGCCGCGGAGGCGCGAGGAUAAGGAGAGGGAUAAGGAUAAGGAUAGGGAGAGGGAGAGGGAGAGGGAGAGGGAGAGGGACGAGCGGGUGGAGGUGCCGCGCACGGAGUGUCGCAAGCUGGUGCUGAGUGCGUUGGAGGAGGUCGUGCGCAGUGUCACGGCGGAUCAUUGUCGGGAGGAUGGCGAAGGGCGGCGCGAGGAGAAUGCGUUGCGCGAGGGCAUCCGGAGGUGGUUGCUUGAUGUGGAGGAGGCGUGGUAGUAUGGCGUGUAUGCUGUUGGUGCAGGGAUGAUAGGAUGCUGCGGGUACAGACCGACAGGCUGGACAGUGCACAGCGGUUCAACUUUCUCUGGUUCUGGUUCCUUCAUCAGGGCCGGUGGUGGAGGGGAGGCUGAGUGGAGGUUUUUUUGCUUUACGUCGUGAUACCCAAUGAGUAUUUCUUCUGGACAUGAACAGGAUCGUAGCAAGGAUACAGAUAUAGGAUAUUGACCCUACCAUUCCGGCAUCUGUCUCGGU